AUGGUUCCUUUUCGACGCUUAUCGCAGAGGGGCCGUCACAGCUUCGAAGACCGCGACUCCUACGAAUGGCAAGACGAACGAGACAAACGCAUCAUGACGGCCACUUUCCCCAUACACCCGCUCUCGUCCAUGCAGGCACCCUUUGAGGAGUCCAUGCUCGAUGCCACCGGCGAGACUGGCCACGUACCCUUCGUCAAUCCCAAGAAGAGCGUCAAGACUCGCCAACAAAUGCUGUGCAGAGAGGAGGGCGCCUCGGAGCCCUCGUGGAACUUCACAUACAACUGUCAUUGGAGGAAUAAUCAAAAAGGCAAAUUUCAUCCCCUGACAAAGACUGUGGCGCAGAUCAUUUUCGGUGUCCACCUACUGCAUCAGCAUCUGGAGAAGUCGGUCGCCGAUGUAGCAGAUAUCCUGCUAAAGCACGUCAACGAGCUUGACAGUUUUCUGCAGCGUGCGAAUGAAGACCUGGAAAGCAGCAUGAAAGACAUGCUCUUCCGGCAUAAAUGCUUAAAAGUGCCCAUGGAACACGUAAACGAAUUCGAUCGCCUCCUCGAAGACCGUUCGUACCGCGCCCAACUUCUCGACGGCAACAUCGUAAUCGAACGUACCAUCGGGCGCAUGUCGCAACUGCUCAACGAUUACCUGAUUGAUAUAAACGUAUUUCGCGAAGCCAACCAAGAACUCGACUUGUAUCUGGGCGACGUAGGGGACGCGUGGACAUACCGCAAUGAGGAUAUUGGGCGCAUAUACUCGGCCAUGUGUGGCAAUACCGGCGGCUGGUCGCAGUUUUUGCAAAGCCUUGUAGCAAAGGCUGAAAGACUGGGUGUUGUGCUCGUACAAGUGAGCAGCUACUGCAAUGAGAUUGAGAAGCGCUGUGGUGCCGCAAGUCGCCGAAGUUUGGUAUGGCCGCCUAUGAUCUUCUACUCCAUUGCAACGCGUACGUCGUCACGAAAUUCAUCCAACUCCCGCGAGGCACGUCCGUUUCGAAACUUUGCCAACAACAAACCUCUCCCUACACCUCCACCCGAGCGUCCACCAUUCAUGAGCGCUUCGACUUCUGGUAGGGAGACGCCCGCUAGUUUCGGAACCCCCCAGCGGCAUUCGACCAUAAGAGCAAGACCUCAACAACAGCCCGAGAUCACGAACGUGUGUGAUUCCGCCACUGAGACGCCAAAACGAAGCGAAGACUCCUCUUCCGCAUCAGCUGUUUCCAAUGCUGAUGUGGAUGUGCGACGCCAGGCCAACCAGUCGGGAUACUCCCGUGAUGCCUGGCACAACGAGGAGCAACGUGAAAGAACGACACCGCAGGCAGAGUCUAGUCGUACAAGUCAGCUCUUAGGACAUCAGCAUAAAGUGUCUUCGCCAUCUAAUCUAUCCGCAGAAGAGAGCUCACCGGCAACGAAACGUCUAUCAGCCAAACCGCAAAACGGCGAUUAUAGCCCGCCUUUGACCGGAAAGGACUCGGCGUAUUCUUCUGUAUCAGGCGCAUCGGCCAUGACACCGGGCUUCCCGUCGCCACGCUCAGUAUCUUCCAUGUCCUCUCGACAAACUGCGCAAUUUGGUCUAUUCCCCAGCAGGAACCUAAGCACGCCGAAAGGUUCGAUAUCAAGUCGACUAAGUGCCAGCUCUCCUGCGUUCGAUCGUUCAGAACAGCAUCCUAAACCUGCAGAUAUGCCAAGCCGUCCGCCGACCUCUCUGUCCACCUUCUCAGAUGCAUCGACCAAGCGGCUAUCGAAGCGAAGUAGCUUCUCAUCUCUCAAACGGCUAUUCACCAAGAAGAAAUCUGGCGAUAUAGGUCCUAUUGCUGAGUGA